GGGACGAGUACGGCGGGCGGGCGGGUCAAACUUGCUUAGUGUUUGGUUUCCAGGCUGGUGUGUUUAGGGUAGCGGGAGGAGACACCGGCUGGACCAUGUCGGCCUUCGAGAAACCUCAGAUCAUCGCCCAUAUCCAGAAAAGCCUCAACUACACGGUGUUUGACUGUAAGUGGGUGCCCUGCAGCGCCAAGUUCGUGACCAUGGGCAACUUCGCGCGGGGCACCGGCGUCAUUCAGCUGUACGAGAUCCAGCAUGGGGACCUGAAGCUGCUCCGGGAGAUUGAGAAGGCCAAACCCAUUAAAUGUGGAACAUUUGGUGCAGCAUCUUUACAGCAGAGACAUUUAGCAACCGGAGACUUUGGAGGGAACCUUCAUGUAUGGAACCUGGAAGCGCCAGAAGUGCCAGUGUACGCUGUGAAGGGCCAUAAAGAAAUCAUCAACGCCAUUGACGGCAUAGGUGGCCUGGGAGUCGGGGAAGGAGCCCCUGAAAUUGUGACCGGCAGUCGAGACGGAACUGUGAAGGUGUGGGACCCAAGGCAAAAAGAUGACCCUGUGGCCAAUAUGGAGCCGGUUCAAGGAGAAAAUAAGAGAGACUGCUGGACUGUAGCAUUUGGCAAUGCUUAUAAUCAGGAGGAACGUGUGGUUUGCGCUGGCUAUGACAAUGGGGAUAUCAAACUCUUUGAUCUCAGAAAUAUGUCUCUGAGGUGGGAGACGAACAUCAAAAAUGGGGUGUGUAGCUUGGAGUUUGACAGAAAAGACAUAAGCAUGAAUAAGUUAGUAGCUACAUCUCUGGAAGGAAAAUUCCAUGUUUUUGACAUGAGAACACAGCAUCCGACCAAAGGUUUCGCCUCUGUUUCAGAAAAGGCCCACAAAUCGACGGUGUGGCAGGUACGACACCUGCCACAGAACAGGGAGCUCUUCCUGACCGCGGGAGGUGCUGGCGGCCUUCACCUCUGGAAGUACGAAUACCCUGUUCACCGGUCGAAGAAAGAUUCCGAGGGAGUGGAGAUGGGAGUUGCGGGCUCCGUGAGCCUUCUGCAGAACGUGACGUUGUCGACCCAGCCCAUCUCCAGCCUAGACUGGAGUCCGGAUAAAAGGGGCCUCUGCGUCUGUAGUUCAUUUGACCAAAUGGUGAGAGUAUUGAUUGUUACAAAGCUCAACACACUCUGAAGACUCUGGACUGGAAGCCCUCUGAGGGACACACACAGUGUAACACAUGCUGGGAGCCCCUGAGCCUCAGCAGCCAGGUUUGGGCUUGGCUGAUGAGCAGAGGCCCCAGAUGCAAACCUCUGGCAGGCCAUCCCCCAGCCGGACCCUAGGGGUGUCAUGACUGAGUGGCACACUGGCUUGCCACUGUGCACAGAGAUGCCACCCUCCCUCGGUUUCCAAUAUAAAGUCAGUAAUUCUCAGUAUUUUCAUGUGCUUUAAGUUUGUUCUGCAUUCCAAACUUCCAUAUUCUAUCUUCACAUGGGUGGUGUGUCGGUUUGACAAUAUGAUGUUCAGAGUUUCUGCAUUUGGUUCUCUAAGUUUGUCUUAGGAAGAAAACUAUUGUGCAUUAACGUCAUAAAUGCAUUUAAGAGAUUUCAGCCUCAGUAUGCUUCCAUUGCAGAAAUUAUCAAACUGAGUUUGGGUAACUGUGUUCAGCAGUGUAAUUCAAAAUGAAACAUUUAUAAGGGCCGGUUUUUUUCUUGGUGUGUUUUGCCUUUUUUUUUUUUUUUGCCUAACAUACAGGAGUUAAGUCAGUGGGAAUUUUGGUAAGACUGUUAUAUCAGAUGGUAAGAUGUUCAAGGUUUUAGGAGUUUUGUAGGCUUAUUUUUGUCCAGUCCUCUUUAAUAUAUUUUACAAUGAUAAAUUUGUGUUUCUGAAAGCAAUGGAAGUUUUGAUUCUUCUGGUGGUUAAUAAAAUCUAUGCCAUCCCUGGUACUUGCUUUAU